AGAGAGAGAAAGAGACAGAGCUCUUCUUACCUCUGUCACGCAGCGGUGGUUACUUCCCGCAGAAGGUUCUUUGUGUUUGUGUAUUGAAAAGAUAAAAAAGAAAUAGAGAAACAGCACAGAAAAAAUCCGGUGAAGAAGAGGAAGAGAAAGAGGAAGGGAAUCUCGUAGUUUACAGUAAAUAACAAUCACCACAAAAAGAGAGAGAGAGAGGGAGAACUUUGAGUGGAGCAAAAAAAAAAAAAAACCAAAAAAUGUAAAAGAUCCUUAUCUUUGCUUUCUUUGAUUAUCUUUUCGUAUCUCAAUCCAAGUGAUUAUCCUUAAAACUUUGCGUGUAAUUCGCAUUUGAUUCGAUUGGUCGUUUCGCGUUCUUGUGUGGUUUUGUUUGUGGGGUGGUCAUUUUAGGGAAGUGUGGGGGGCUUGGAGGAAAGGAAAUUUGGCAUUUUACGGUGAAAUUGGUGUUUCUGUAGGGAUUUGGGUAAGUUUGUGCCAUUUAAUGGUGGGUCGGUGAUUUUUUUUGGGUGAACUGGUUGCUUUGUUGGCAAGUGGUGGUUAUUUUGAAGAUUUUUGCAGUGCGUUGGGGUCGAUUACUGUUUUGGGAACAAUUUGCGAUUAAAGUUGGGACUCCUUUUGUGGGAAAGUCUCCGGGGGAUAACUUGUAUCGGCCGGCUUCAAUGCUGGGUCGAUGAAAAUUUUUCUUUUCCAUAAAAUCCUUGGUGGAUUUGUUGGAAGUGGGGUUCUUUUGCUGAAUUUGGUGGUGGGUUAGAGUUAAUCCGGCGUUUUAUUGACGCUUAAGGUAUAAAAAUUGGGAAUUUUUCCAUCGAGUGUGGAUUAUCUGUCAAAGGAAUCGAAUUGUAUAGUUUUUGGGUGUUUCUGCUUUAACUGAGAGCUCGCUUCGACCAUUUUUGCGGUUUGGGCUGAGGAUUCCAUUGCAUAAACAAGGUGUUGUCACUGUGGUUUCUGAUAAUUUGUGGUGGAGGAUAGUUGUUCUGAGGAUAAAAUGAGUUCAUCUAUAACUGACGGUUUGGUUCAUGGAGGCAAGCUUCUGGUUCAUAUUGCUGAGAACGGGCACUCGUUUGAGCUCGACUGUGAUGAAACCACACCAGUCGAGGCGGUCAUGCGCUUCGUCGAGUCCGUGUCGAUGAUUAGUUUGAGUGACCAGCUUGUUCUCUGUCUGGAUAUGAAACUCGAGCCGCAGCGGCCGCUUUCAGCGUAUAAACUUCCUUCGGAUGACCGGGAAGUCUUCAUAUUCAAUAAGGGAAGAUUGCAAACCAAUUCGCCGCUGCCUCCGCCUGAGCAAGUUGAUAUUCUGGAUAUUGCGGAUCCUCCGUCACCGUCCUCUUCACAUAAUCCCCAUCCUUUGGAUGGUGCUUCUGAUCCUGCCUUGAAGGCUUUACCUUCGUAUGAGCGGCAAUUCAGGUACCAUUACCACCGUGGGCAUGUUGUUUAUAGUCGUAGCCAAGUGAAAUAUGAGAACUGUGAGAGACUUUUGAGGGAGAAAAAGGUUCAAGAGAGGGCAUUGGAGGUUGCUAAGGGUAAUCUGGAUCAGUACUAUAAGAUGAUUAGCCAAAACUACAUGGAUUUCAUGAAGCGUUAUUCACAACAGAACCGGAUACAUUCGGAUCUCCUGAUGAAUUUUGGGAGGGACAUGGAGAAAUUGAGAUCCAUCAAACUUCCCCCUGCUUUACAGACUGCCACUCGCAAGUGCUUGCUGGAUUUUGUGAAGGAAGAGAACUUGCGGAAAUCAGCUGAUAAUUGUAGCAGCUCCCACAAGCAGUUUGAGAACAAGGUUUCACAGUUUAAGCAAAUGUUCGGUGAAGUGAAACGCAAGGUCGAGGAAUUGUUUGCUAGCAGGACUUCUUUUCCUACCAGAAAUUUGGAGGUGAUGAUUAAGGAGCACCAGCAAUACCUCAGCGAACAAAAGAGUAUACUACAAUCUUUGGGCAAAGAUGUCAAUACAGUGAAGAAACUUGUGGACGACUGUCUGUCCUGCCAGUUAUCUUCAUCACUCCGUCCUCAUGAUGCAGUUUCAGCCUUGGGUCCCAUGUAUGAUGUCCAUGACAAGAAUCACCUGCCUAGGAUGCAGGCUUGUGAUCGUGCGGUUUCUAAGCUGCAAGAUUUUUGUAGGGAUAAGAAGAAUGAAAUGAAUAUCUUUGUGCAUAAUUACAUGCAAAAGAUAGCCUAUGUCUCUUAUGUCAUCAAAGAUGCUAAGUUACAGUUUCCCGUUUUUAGAGAGGCAAUGGUGCGUCAGGAUGAUCUGUUUAUGGACUUGAAGUUAGUCCGUGGAAUUGGCCCAGCCUAUAGAGCCUGCCUUGCAGAAGUUGUGAGACGAAAGGCUUCUAUGAAGCUUUACAUGGGCAUGGCAGGGCAAUUGGCUGAAAGGCUUGCCUCAAAGAGAGAGGUUGAGGUGAGGAGACGUGAGGAGUUCUUGAAGCUUUAUAGUUCUUACAUACCUAGGGAUGUAUUAGCAUCCAUCGGCUUAUAUGAUAGCCCCAAUCAGUGUGAUGUCAAUAUAGCUCCUUUUGACACUGGUUUGCUUGAUAUUGACAUUUCAGACCUGGAUCGAUAUGCUCCCGAAUAUUUGGCAGGACUUCCUUCGAAGAGUGAUAAGCAUGGAAGCUUAAAAGGUCCAUUUCCUUUGUCUAAUGAUAGUUCUCAUUCCUCUGAAGCUGAAGAGUUUUCUUUGGGGACAGCUGAGAAAUAUGACUCCGAGGAGCUUCUUGAAAGCUGUGAAUUGGUUGAGAUUGCUGGAACUAGCAAAAUGGAAGUUGAGAAUGCAAAACUAAAAGCUGAACUUGCUUCUGCAAUUGCCUUGAUUUGUUCCCACUGCCCUGAUUUUGAAUAUGAAUCACUCGAUGAUGAUAAACUAGAUAGUAUAUUGAAGAAUGCUGCAGAAAAGACAGCUGAAGCCUUACAUCUGAAAGAUGAAUAUGGGAAACAUCUUACAUCUAUGCUUAGGACGAAGGAGAUGCAGUGCGAGUCGUAUGAGAAACGCAUUCAAGAAUUGGAGCAGAGAUUGUCUGAUCAAUAUGCAAAAGGGCAGAAGCUCUCAAAUCGGGAAGAUACAGUUGACUUUUCCCUUUUGGCUGAGAAGGCUGAUGAUGGCAAGCCAGAAAUUUUGGGCAGUGGAGGUCACAUGCCUUGCAUAUCUACUUCUGAGCCCAUGGAUGAGGUUUCUUGUAUCUCAAAUCCUUUGGACGCAAAACUGGGGCAAUCAGGCAAAGCUCGUGAGGGGGUGGAUGAGAAUAUGAUGGAUUCCUCUGGAACACAAAACCCUCAGGUUGGUUCCUCAAUGGUGGAGCCACACCGUGAAGAACUGCUACUUAGUGAUAAAGAAGGGAAAGAUAAAAUGGUGGGACAGUUGGGCAUGUCCUUUACAAACAGUUAUACUGCUGAGAGCAUGCCUGAACCUCUGACUGUUUCCCCCUCUGACACACCAAUUGAGUCGGGUUUGGAUUCCAAAGUCAGCAGUGAUCUUUUGUUGGAAUUACAAAGUUCACUUGCAGAUAAGUCUGACCAAUUGACUGAAACUGAAAAUAAGCUUAACGCUACCAUGGAGGAGGUUUCCUUGCUUAGGAGGGAGUUGGAAGCGAGUCGGAAGCUCCUCGAUGAAUCCCAGAUGAAUUGUGCACACUUGGAGAAUUGUUUGCAUGAAGCAAGGGAGGAAGCCCAGACCCAUCUUUGUGCGGCUGACCGGAGGGCCUCGGAGUAUAGUGCUCUGCGUGCCUCCGCUUUGAAAAUGCGUGGUGUUUUUGAACGACUUCGGAGCUCUGUUCAUGCACCAGGUGGAGUGGCUGCCUUUGCAGAGUCCCUGCAUACUUUGGCUCAAUCUUUGGCCAAUUCCAUCAAUGAUAAUGAAGAUGAGGAUACUGCCAAUUUUAGAAAAUGUGUCCGAGUCCUUGCAGAGAAAGUUAGUUUCUUGUUGAGGCACCGUCAAGAGCUACUCAGCAAAUACCUAAAGGUUGAAGCUGCGAAUGAACAGUUGAGGAAAGAAUUGGAAGAGAAGAAAGAACUGGUUAAAACUUUAUACACCAAGCAUCAACUCGAGAAGCAGGCAAACAAAGAGAGAAUAUCUUUUGGCCGCUUAGAGGUUCAUGAGAUAGCUGCAUUUGUUCUUAACCCAAACGGGCACUAUGAAGCUAUCAGUCGGAAUUGCUCAAACUACUACUUGUCUGCUGAAUCUGUGGCCUUGUUUGCUGACCAUCUCCCAAACCGUUCUAACUACAUUGUUGGGCAGAUUGUUCAUAUCGAAUGUCAAACUGUGAAGCCGAUGCCGCCUACUCCAACACGGCAUGAGCAUGGUAGAGUGGAUCAAACGGAUUACCUAACCUCUGAUCUGGGAACUGAUCGGUUGAUCUUGAAUUCAGGAUCAACUCUGAAUCCGUAUGGUCUCCCCAUUGGCUGUGAAUACUUUGUAGUGACAAUAGCCAUGUUACCUGAUACCACCAUUCAUUCAGCAUCUCCUUCCUGAUCCCUGUCUAGGCAGAUUGAUGUGAUGGAAGAAUCCAAGUGUACAUAUUUCAUAUGACAUUCAAAGCUUGAACCCACUUGGUAGGAUUUGAACUUGAUUUCCUCUUUGUACAGCUGAUUAUCCAAUUAAGUUUAGUCUCUCCUUUGUAUAUAUGGCUACUACUAUUGUUAAAAUUAGAAAUUAUUGUGAAUACUAUCCAGCUCUUGAUCUUGA